AUGAGCUCCCAUGGCUUUGCUCUGUCUCCUGCCAAGAGGGUGCUGGUGUACCGCAACGGGGAUCCCUUCUGCCCCGGGAGGAAGUUUGUAGUGACCCAGCGGCGGUUCCUGACCCUGGAGGUGUUUCUGAGCGAGGUGACCAAGAGAAUUCGUGCACCUUUGGCUGUGAGGAACCUCUACACACCCAGACAUGGCCACCGUGUGGCUGAGCUGGGGGACCUCCAGGAUGGGUGCCAGUACGUGGCUGCAGGCUUUGAGAAGUUCAAGAAGCUCGAAUGGAAAAAAAGAGCUGGCCAUGUACCCCCUUGGUGUGUGGCCAUGUUCUCAUCUUGUUCCUCCAGCUAUUCACAUCAUGGAAGGAAGCAGCUCCGUGGGAUGAGGAACAGACAGGGUCUGCAGCUUCCUCCCGCAGCUCCCUGGAAGCCGAAGGCCCCGGGGCGAUGGCAGCAGUGCCGACCCCCCUGCACCAUCCAUGUUUUCCGGAAUGGGGACUUGCUGAGCCCUCCUUUCCCCCUGCUGCUUUCCAGGAACACUCGGCUGCAGUGGGACACACUCCUGGCUCUGGUAACAAAGAAAAUCCACAGUGGAGCUGUUCACAAGCUCUGCAGGCUGGAUGGGACCCAGGUGUCUGCAGGAGAGGAACUGCUGAAUGGUCAUCACUACGUGGCAGUGGGAAAGGAGGAGUACAAACAACUGCCUUACUUGGAACUGCUGGUGCCCCAGGGCUCUGCCUGCAGGAUGCUGAGAAAGGCAGAGAAGUCACAAAAGACUGUGGCUGUUGUGAGGAGUUCACAAAGGGACCUGACAGGGACAGUCUGCAGGUAACCAAAGCAUCUGAGUCCUC